UCAACAAAUGGGUCAAUUGCGGUAGUUUCACUGUUAAUUGGUGGGAUUUGGUGGACUAUGGAAGUUAGAAAAAACCAUAAAUAUAAUUCUGUUCCGAUAUAAUCUACGAAGCCGAGAUGUCAUCUGUUGAAAAUACGUGCCGUCUUUGCAUGGGCAAGUCCAACGUGAUACACAACGUGUUUGAGGAAAAUUUACUACAAAAAAUAGCGAUAUGCAUAAGCAUUUUGAUCAAUCCCGAAGACAAUACGCUUCCGUUAGAUAUCUGUGCACUAUGUGCCUUGAAAGUAAAGGACUUUUUUGAAUUUCGCAUGAACUGCCAGAAAGUGCAACAACUGUUGGAACAGAAUAGGAUGCAAUAUGUUCAAGUUUCUGCCCAAAUAAUUCAUUCGAACGAGGUUUUCCAAAACUUUGGCAAAUUGGAACCGUUAGUCACUGAGAUUGAGCAGCCAGCUGUACUCGUACCCAUUCAAGCUCCUCAAACUAACAAAUUGGCAGACUUGGUCCAGGAGGUAAUCCCAGAACUACUCACAGCCAAUAACAAUUUGGAAGCUCUGGAACCAGAGCAACCCGUUCAGGAAGCCGUUGAGCACUUAGUAGAUGUGUCGGAAGAAGUUGAAAACGAUGCCGUAAACCCGGAAACCAGUCAGGUACUUUUAAACAUUGAACCACUUGUGGAUGAGGAUAUCGAAUUCGUAAAUAACUAUGAAUCGUCUAUGAAUGACUCGAAGGAUCAAGACUUUGAAAUUGAGAUGAUUCUGAGCUACGAUGAAUCUUACCAAGACGAUACUGCUUGUAGUACAACCAUUGAUUGUAUUCAGGAACCGAAAGAACCGGUAACGUUAUCGCAACAAGAAAAUGAGCCGAAAAACGAGAUAGUUCGUAAGAGAGGAAGAAAGAAAUCUGAGCAGAAAAAUAAUCAGCCACGAGAUGAAAAGCUAAUCUAUCAAUCUUUGUUGCUUCAUUGCAACAUAUGUGCUAAAUCUGUCGAACGAAAUCGAAUGGAAGGCCACCUUAAUAAGCAUCAAAACUUAAGACCGUAUACAUGUACAGAACCAGAUUGUGGGUUUUCUUUUCACUCUAAAAUAUCGCUGCGUCUGCAUCGCAACGCUAAGCAUGCUACCGAUCAUCUGCCAUGUGAUCUAUGCGGGAAAGUAUACAAUUCGAAAAAAGCUCUCUACCACCACAAAAAUGAGUCACAUUCCAAUAAGCGUUAUGAUUGUGAUCAGUGUGACCUAGUUUUUGUUACUAAAUCCCGUCUCAAUCGGCACAAAAUAACGCACACUGAGCUACGCGAUUUUAAAUGUCCCCACUGUCCGAAGGAAUUUUACCGGAGCAACAACCUGAAGGUGCAUCUAAGAAGUCACAGCAAAGAGAAGCCAUAUGCAUGCGAAAUUUGCAAUAAAGCGUUCGGCUAUCCUAGACUUUUGAAAGAGCAUAUUACCAAGUUACAUUUGUAUGAUGUUGUUUCCGACAGUUGAAUGUGUUGUUCAAUAUAUAC